AUAUUGCAGCGGUCGAUGAGCUGCCGCCCUGAAUACUGAGCUCUCCUCGUGGCAGUGGGCCGGAGGGUGUAUGGGGCCAUGGGCUCAUCAUGUUGCUUUCAAUACGAAUCCGAAAGUUAGACACUCAUGUUGAUGUUCUUGGCAUAUCCUUAAAGAUCCCCGUUACUCAUUGUGCUUGCUGACAUGAAGCCUCAAAGGAACAGAGGGCAGCUUGUUUCAAUAAUUUCAUGUAUAUAGCAGAACAUUAAAGAUCAAGUUGGACAGUAGCACCGGCAAUGUGGACAUUAUGAAUCAUCAGCAUUAAUGAAACAAAAAGAAGGCAAGUGAAGUGCGACGAAAAAUUACUGAACGAUUCAAUUGGUGAAAUUGUUUCGAGCACACGAGGAGAGUCAGGAGACACGAUGAAGAGGCGGCCUUCCUGCCAGUACUGAGCGACACCGCGCGCAGUUUGUGUACGGGGCCGAGCGGGGAGGGACGUGUGCUCCACCUCAGCUGUUAUCUCGCACUGUCACCUGGAUGAACUGUCACGCACAUACGACUCAACCUGGAGAGCGACCCAUAAUUAUUUAAGUAUUAAUAGUGAACUACUGGCGGUGGUGUUUGCUUGUGUGGAAUAGAAUACGAGGAAAACAAACCCGUAAGACUAGUGACGAGAAGUGCCUUGACGCCCAACGCCAGGAAACCAUCCCCCUGUCACGCUUCCUUGCCUCCUGCGCGGUAAGGAAGCCUUGCGUCUUAAGCCAGCCACGAAUGCUGAAGGUGUCUGCCUUCCUACAAGUGGACAUGACCGAAGACCUCGACAUGCUGUCCCCGGAGCAACAGCUGGCACUUCUCAACGCCUCGGGCCAUCAACCCAAGCCGUGGGAACCCGUGUCCCCGCAGCAACACACCUACAUAGGCAUCUACCUCAUCAUCGUGGGAGUGCUGGGAACCUUCGACAACGCCCUGGUGGUGGCCAUGUUCAUCAAGUUCCGCGUGCUGCUGACACCCUCCAACCUGCUGCUGCUCAACCUUUGCCUCACUGACCUCGGCAUCUGCGUCCUUGGUGGCUUCCCAUUCAGCGGUGUCUCGUCCUUGGCAGGAAGGUGGCUCUACGGGGACUUCGGCUGCCAGUACUACGCCUUCAUGGGCUUCUUGAUGGGCAUCGCCAAUCUCACCACGCUCCUCAUCAUUGCCCUGGAUCGCUAUCUCGUCACCUGCCGACAGGAUCUUCAGUAUACUUGGGGUGGAAAAUUAACCUACCGCCGCUACUACCAGAUGAUCGCGUUCAUCUGGCUGUGGUCGCUCUUCUGGGCGGUGUGUCCUCUGCUCGGAUGGGCCAGCUACGGAUAUGAGCCCUCGGUCACCACCUGCACCAUCAACUGGCAGCAGAACGACUCCAGCUACAAGUGGUACAUCAUGACCCUGACCGUGGUGGUGUACCUGGUGCCCCUCAUCCUCAUGUGCAGCUGCUACUACCAAGCCGCUCGCUUCCUGCACCAAGCCAGAGAUUCGGGUGACUCUAUUUACGCUUACGACUGGGCCAGCGAGAGGAAUGUGACCAGGAUGGGCAUCGUGCUGGUGUUCACAUAUUUAGCCUGCUGGUCGGCGUACGCUAUAGUAUGUGUGUGGACCGUCUUCCGUCAUCCCUUCACUGUGCCCCUUGCCCUCACCCUGAUGCCGCCCUUACUUGCCAAGGCUUCUCCUGUGCUCAACCCCAUCAUCUAUUUUUACUCCCACCCACGCCUCAAGAAGGGAAUGAUUGCCACCCUUACUUGCUGCUUCCGCGAGCCGCCCCCUGAAGUCCUGGAACUGCCCGAGACCAAGAGCAUGACGGAGCAGAAGUGACACAUUCACGGACGAUUGCCGCUACCCCCACCGCGCUGGGAGAUGAGCGAGAUGACGACUGUAGGAUUAGGAAGAAGAGGAGAAAGUAGGGAGGAAGAGGCGACGGGAACACGUUGGCUAGAGAAUAGAUAUAAUGACAGACACCCGGGCUGGUAGAAUACAUUGGGAGGGAAAGGAAGGGAUGGAGAACAUACGUAGGCCUAAAGGCGCAUCCACACUAUGCCCCAUGACGCACAACACGCCGGACGGCGUGUUACGUUUUACCAUAUAUGGAGCGAGCGAGGCGGCAUGCCGCGUGUUACAAUCAAGUCUGGGCUGCGGGCAUUUCUUGGUGGUGACGCGCGCAAUGACGCGGCAGCGCAGUUGGAUUUUCACAAGGAAAGGGGUUGUAGCUUGUUCUCUCGCUCGCUCAUCGUUCAAUCCUCAUGGCAGACCAAAACAUUGAGUGUACUCGCGGGAACACUCAAUUGUUCAUUGAAUUCUUGAAAGAACAUCCAUGCCUGUGGCAAAUUAGAAAUAAGAUCUACAAGAACAAGGCAGUGAAGAGUGCAAGUCAAGAUGCAAAUUGUAGAAGGAAUUCACAAGUAUUCUGAUAUAGUUCUUAAAAUUAUCGUGGCAUUUUCUUUGAAGUUCAGAGAAAAUUUGUGUAAAACUAACCUUUACACUGGAAAUCCACUCAUUAAACCAAAGCUCACUUUUCUUCCUUUUUUUUUUUUCAACUUUGCACAAGCUGCUUCCACAAUGCACCACAAAAGUGCCUAUUCACAAGCAUUGUUGGCGAUGGCCGCAUCCAUACAUACAACAGCAGCUGCUGACCCAUAUUCAGAAACGCUUUACUCUCUCACCACGACUUUUUAAAGUCACAGCGAUAAUUAGACGGGUUCUCAAUAGUGUUUUUUUCCUGUUAAUAAUGUAGAAAUCUUGUUAAUCCGUCACUAGUACCAUCAGAACACCUUUAAAAACCCGUGUCACUUCAAUUAAAGUCUCUUGAAAGUAGUGGUGGUGAGACGCAGUAGUGUUUCAGAAUACAGUCCCAAGUAGAUGCAACUGGCUAGCGAGUAGCGCGGCAGAGGGCUGGGCAGCUUCCCCUAUGGUGCGGACGUUCAUCCCUCCAACCCCAUCUUAAACCCGCGUCAUGUUGCGCGAUAUGAGGCACAGUGUGGACGCGGCUUAAGAAAGAAAGCCGAUAGCUACAUUACCUUGAAAUAUUGAGACACCUUGCGAAGGUAAGAGACAAGCAUUAGAAUUCGGAAGAAAAGAAAAAAUACUGUAAAGUUUUUUUCAAUUAAAAAAUUAAAAGGAAAUUAAGAAACCAGUAAAUUAUUGAUGAGUGUGCGGAUACGAUACGGAAUCUAAACUGAGAUGGGAGCCUUGUGAGUUAUUGAGCUCAAGGGGGACCUUGGAUCUCUGGUAUGAUUCCAGGGAAUGCAAGAAAGGGAAAGGAAAAUCGUGUUUUUGUUUACUUUUUUUUUUUUUUUCUCUAUGAGGCAGAUGCUGUUUUCUGAAUGUUUUGUGAAAGGUAGAAGAUAUUCUCAACAAUGAAUUACAGAAAUUGAAAGAGACCCUUGAUAAAGACAUUAAGGCACUGUGAUACGUGGUGCAGCUAGAUUUGAUUUAUUAAUUUUAUAUCAAUUAUAGGAAUAAAUGGCGCUGUCUUUGUGCGUCGGGUGUCCUACAGAGGUCGAAAUGCAUGGCACUGUUGUGAGAGCAUCGGCGGUCAGGGAUGAAAAUGCUCAAUUCGUGCAUUAAAUUUCAAAUUUAAGCCAUGUCGUCUUCACUGAAGUUAGAAAAAAUAAUAAGAUAAAACUAGAUCGCUCUACCGAGAAGCGUACAAUAGGAUGAAUACGGGAUCAAUGCACAUGUGAUGAAGGGAAAUUUUUCUGAUGUAAACAUGAGCCGAGAUGCGCGGCCCACAAAGUUGUUUGGCUUGGAGUUGCUGCACUUGCACUUGCCGCGAGUUGAGCAGGGGUGCACCACAGGUGUCUGCGUGCACACUGUGCUCACGGUGAAUCGCCAAGCGAAAGGAAUUUAGAAGGAAAAAAACAUCCGGAAUUAUACAGCCCGUCAUUAAUAAUCUCAAGUAUCAGAAGUCUUUUAUACCUGCCACAGAAUUCCAGUAAUAAGGAGGACCGCUACUUAUGCCGCUGGUUUCUACUGAUAUUGUGCGACAGUUAUGGAGGGAGUGUAUGAUAGUACCACACAAGGUACUGUAUCGAAGUAACAUAUCAAAGAUACUCAUGCCCUACAACCCGAAGUCGUUACAAGCGACCACAUGAAUCUGAUGAACUGUGGACAGAUUGCAGUCAUUAGUACUUAACUUUAAAUGCGAUUAUUUUGUGGGAGUUUUUAUUAUUAUUAUUAUUAUAAUAUUCCUCUGCAGUAUUUUCCUCAAUGUUCCUACCUCAAUGAAGGCAAUCAGUAUUUCUGCAUUGUUCCCCCUAAGUAUACAGCUCUCUCUCUCUCUCUCUCUCUCUCUCUCUCUCUCUCUCUCUCUCUCUCUCUCUCUCUCUCUCUCUCAUCCUGUCGUUCCUUUGGUCCACCUUCCCCUCCCUCUCGGCGUACACAGUAGUGCCUGCGACAAAAGACUGACUCACUCGUGUCAGUACAGGGUCAGAUCGCCUCAGGGGCCCGCGUCACUCCUCCGACAUGCCCUCCAGUAGAUUAGUAACACAGAAAUAACAUAUACGCACAUAGUUUUCCAUCAGAAUGGUAAUAAAUAUUUUCGUAUAACAAUACGUAGAAUUCAUAUAUUCCUGGCAUGUAGGUCUUGUAUAGAAUAAGGUAAUGCAUGUCAUGUAUAACCACUGCAUUACACUGUAUCGGUUUGGUCAUCUUAUAAUCCGUAUAGGGACACUUGCAUAAGUUUGAUGUCAGUUGUUGUUUCAUACCCUUGACCGCCCGUUUUCUGCAGACAGACCCACCGAUUACCUGCUUUAUAAAUGGUCGACCUGCACACCAUUUGUUACUUCUAAAAUAUGAAAUGUUAUUAUAGUUGGGUUCAUAGGCAGAAGAAUGUUGUUCAUGUCCGGUGUGUGCGGGUGUGUGGUGAUGCAGCGCGGCGCAGCUCAGGGGUGUGCUUCCCUCAGGCCUUCCAAGGCCUGGCUGAUUUCUGUCGGGACUGAAAAUACAAAAAGACUGGGAAAAGGCUUCACCCCAACUUGAAGAUAACGAUUACCCCCCAGAAACCAGUCAAGGGAAUAACAGCAGUUGUCUGUUUGUGUAUGUGAAACUCAGGCUUGUCCGUUACAGCAAAAUAUUUCGUGCUUUUGAAUUACUCAUUAUU